GGCAGAAGAAGAUCGUGGAGCCAUACAGGACUGGAUUCAGAUUCUGACUAUAUUAGCUGUGGGCCCUCAGGCAAGUCGUGUAACCUGUCUGUACCCCAAUUUCCUUAUCCCUAAAGUGGAGAUGUACUAUACUGACGUUGUGAUUGUUGUAAAGACCUAAAGGAUCCUAUAUUGAGUACCUUAGCUCAUAGAAAUUCCCCAAUAACCGUAACAGUACUGUAGUUAGCUUUGACACCGCACACGGAAGAGAGGUUUGCAAGGUUUACGGGACUUUACCCUGGAUCGCAGGAAUGAGAAUGGCAGAAGGUAUCCAGACAGGGAGGGCCAGACUGUGCGGCAGCGUAACUUUGCUCUUACAGCACUUCACAAGUUUUUGAUUCUUUAAACUAAAUCCUUCCAUGCUGAAUGUGCACAAGCAGAAGGCUGGUGACAGCGCCGGGCAAUGUGGUUGAGGGGAGGGUCUCGGACUCUAGAGAGCCUACCACUCACUAGCUCUGUGAUCCUGGCGAGAUCACCUCACUCAGUUUCCUAAGCUGUAGAAAGGAUGCUCCGUACACCCUCCAUAGACGGCACAUAACCGUAUUAUGAAGUGAUCAGGAUUAAUCAACAGCACAAAGUGCCCUGUUGGAAGAACUGAUUGCUCUGGGAAUAAUGGAGAGAGAGGGGAUGCAAGAGCUUUGGUCCCAGGCUUUGGACACCUGACAGGAGAGAGCUGUUUGAGCUUGCGUGUGUUCUGUAACACAAAGGGUUUGCCCUAGAUAAUCCCUUGGGUUCCUAAAGUAGCCCAAGGCCAAUCUAGCACAGUUCCCCAAACAGCUGCUCUCAGGCCUGGGGGGUUGUGCCCGGAUGCCCCCACCUGCUGCAGGAUAAGUCCUACCCACUCCAGAGCCAGGCCUCCUCUGGAAACCAUCCUUCCCGCGCCAUCCCCCCCCCCCCCCCCCCCCCGGUAUUGUGUGGUCCUCAUUGUGCCCGUGCCUGUCAUCUGGAUGGUGACGGUAGUGAGCAAGGUACAAACAGGAGAGCAAACCAUUUUGAGUGAGAAGCUUGUCAUCUGAAGCAAAGAUGGAUGAGCACUUUGCCUUUGUAGAGAUUUCUGGAAUCUCCUGGGUCCUAACUCUUUUGCUGUUUCCCGUCCUUUGUGUAGAAAUGUUUGGUAACAGAGGGACCAAAACAGGGAGCGGGACAGCCAGUUCCAAGGAGAUGACCUCAGGUGUGGAGAGAAGUGGCCCUGAGCCACAGCUGGAUAAUGGACACCUCCCAGGACCCUGGUCCUGCUCUCUGGAAGACAGAACACCCAACCUGAUGGUCCCCCAGCACCCCGGUGCACUGGGGAUACACCGCCAAGGUCCCUCUGUGCUGGAGUCCAAGGUGAGGGCCUUGAAGGAAAAGAUGACAGCAGGCAAACAGGGGGUGAGCCCCUGCCUCACUUCUCAGGAGAGGCCAUCUAAGAAAUCCAAAUGCAGGCGGGUCAGGGUGGGUGGAGCUGGGACUCUGUCAGAGGGGUUUUCCUUGCCGGAUGCUGAGGUGGUCCUCCCUGCUCAGAACCUGACUGAUGCGCAGCUGGACAGUGUUGUCAACAAGAGUGAACCUGCCAGGAAGGAGGUUCCCAGACCGCCCAGGCCGCCUUCUCCUGGGCUUGAGUGCUGGAACGGGAAGAGCCCAUGGCCUCCAGAAGCAGUGUGGGCAUUGCCGGACAAUGAGAGGAGCCUGCUUCCAGGGCCUGGCUCUUUGCCAGAGAGCCCUAUCCACAGAGUCACUCCGGGCCGGCCUGGGGGCCCUGGUCCUUGUAACAAAAUCACCCACGUGCCCCACCUGAGGAAAGGAAGGUCAUAUACCCUUCAAGAUGGUCUAGUUACAGGUGGAGACCUGGACAGCUUGUCUCUGACCUCCGAAGAAGACUUUGUCCCCAGGCCAGCCCUGCUUGGGGGGCUCUGGCGAGCUGGAGACCUGGGGGCUCUGGGCACUGGGGGCAGUGCCUUGUCCCUGUCUGACCGGGUGGAGAGGAACCGCCUUCUGCUGCAGGAGAUGCUCAGUGUUGGGGGGCAAGGCCCCGCCAAGGUGGAAAUGUCAGCCUGGACUCCAUCCCGGGACAGAGGUAUACCAGAACGACCACCCAGGGACGUGGACUGGGACUCAGGCAUCUCCCUACAGGACUCAGACCAGAACAGGACCUUUGGUCCCAAGCCGGAGUCCGUGCUGAGCCCCAGGCAUGAGGAAGCCAAGCAUCUGCUGCAGCGUGCCCGCAUGAAGGCCAGGACCCGGCCCCUCCGUGCCAGCCAUGAUAUCGUGCCCGCCGUUGCCCAGGGCAGCCGAGACGGCCGGAGAAACCCAGCCCUGGACCCGAGGAUGACCUUCGCCUGCAGAGACAACCUCCAGAACGGGAACACGAGUGACUCCUCCAGCGGGGAGUCCACCAGCGGGCAGUGGCCGAAGCGGGGCACCUCCCCGUCCCGCGUCCGCUUUGAGGACGAGUCCGCCGGCGACGCCGAGUCCCGCUACCUGGACCGGCUGCAGCAGCGCCAGGACCAGGCGCGGAGCUGCGUGCUGCAGGCGCCGGCGGGCCAGGGCCCCCUGCGCUCCAAGCCCGACCUCGCUCACUACGUCAACAGGGGCUGCGCGCGCAGGGCCGCCGGCGAAGGGGCGCUCUGCAGGCUGGUGGGUCUACUGGACCGGAAGGCCGUCCCGGACGGCGAGAGGAAGUGCCGAGCCUGCGGCAGCCGCAUCGAUGACCGACGGCCCACCCAGGCGAAGGCGAGCCCGGACCCGAGGUCCCUCCAGGAACGUGACCGUGGGGCGCAGGGGGUGCUGGCGGAGCCCCUUAGCUCUUGGGGCCCGAGCCCCCCCUCCAGGCUCCUCCCUGCCAAGCAGGGGCUCCACACGGAAUGGAUCCGGGAAACGCACAUUGGAGACUCGGUGCGGCCCGAGGAGGUGGACUCCGCCCUGGACAGCACGGACACCUCCGACAGCUGCAGGACCGACAGCGAGGAGGCUGGGACCUCGCAGCCAAGCAGGGCCCGUGGCCCGGCCCAAGGCAGCGGCCCGCGUCUGCGGGGCGCCAGGCCUCGGGGAGGCCCCAGGUGGUUCCGGAAGGCUGAAUCUCAGCUGCCCAGCAGCCCUCAGACCCCUCACUACUCGCCUGGGAUUGAUCACGUGGAGGUUGCAGAUGAGGUGAAAGAAGGCAGAGGACACCCUGAGGGGACUCUGUUUGCCAGAGAAGAUGCUUUCCCUAAGCCUCCUGUCCUGGAAUCUAAAAGGGCUUCCCUGGGAUCCCAGUGGCAGCCUGAAGCUGGGCUGGGAAAUCACUGGGUUCCCCUGGUGGAUUCCAGGGCUCUGUGCAGGACAGCCUGUGCCCCGGCAUCUUCCAUGAAGCUGGGGUCCUCAGCGCCAGCCAGACAAGCCCGGGAUAUAGAAAAUCAUGAGUCUCUGGAGACUGUCUCUGCUUCCUCCCUGCAACAGAGCCAUGCAGAGCCCUCUGCCCUGCACCAGGCCCAGCAGCUAACCUCUUUCUUCUCCCCUGGAGGCUGGGUGCCAACCCCUCCACCUUCAAGGAAAACCACCUCACCUGUGUCUCACAGGAAGGCAGCCCUGCCUGGGUCCAGCAGGCUGGGUGAGCAGGGAGAGCCUGUGGACACCCCUCUGCCUCCUUCAAGAAGUGCAGUUCCCAGGACCUGUGAGCUCUCACCCACGCAGACCCAGCCCUACAGCCCCCAAGUCAGUCACCCACUGCUGGCCCUGUCCACCAACAGCUGCAACAAGAGCAUGCCUCUGGGGCUGCAGGGGCCCUGGGGAGGAGCCAUGGGUGAGCGCAAGGUGGACAGGGGCUCCUGCAGGCAGGAGCCGUCUCUGGAGAAACGCAGCGAUGGGAGGGCUGCGGCUGUUGCAGGAGGACUCCAGGGCUUUCUCGGCUCAGCAGCUGUUGGCAUUGUCAGCUCCGUGGGCAUCACCCUCUCCCUGGCCUCAGAGGAGUCAGAGUCCAGCCAGGAACCAGAGGGAGGCCUGCAGAGGACAGAGUUAAGUUCCAGAGGGCAUGUGUCAACCCGAGCAUCACCGGGGGUCAGUGCAGGACCCGGCCCACCCUCCGCUACCCCUUCCGACAGGAGCAAGAAAAGCAGCAGCAGCUUGGCCUCUACCCUGGGGCUGAAAAAGCUCUUCUUGGCCCUGGGCCAGGGCACAAGGCCCAAGCUGGGCAAGGCCCGCAGCUACAGCGUGGAGCAGCUGCGGGCCCCUGCGCCUGGCCCGGCAUCACACACCAGCACCCCCAAAGUGAAGAGAGCCCCAUCGUUACAGUCCCUGCAUCUGGUGUCACCGUCUCACCAUCAUCGGAAAGCUGUCUCCUUUCAGAACCUCCAUUCUCUGCUGAGUGGCAAGGGGGACAGGUCCAGCCUCUACGUGGUAGGAGAGCCAGGGGACCACAGUGCAGAUGUCCGGCCAGCCAAGGCCCUACCCCAGCGUGCCCUCAGCGUGGAGGAUGUGAGCGCCCCCAGCCAGGCGCGCACAGUGGGUCGUGUGGUGGAGGUGUUCCCAGAUGGCACAACCCAGCUGCAGCUACAACGCUCCCCGGAGGGCACUUUUGGCUUCUGUGUGGCCUCUGGGAAUGGGCGCCGGGACUCAGGGUUCUACGUGCAGGAGAUAGCUGAUUCGAGCAUGGCCAAGCUGUACUCAGGGCUGCUGGGGGUAGGGGAUGAGAUCCUCGAGGUAAAUGGGGCCAAAGUUGCAGGGCUGGGCUUGGCUCAUAUCAAGGAGCUCCUGGCCCACGCAGACAGCUUGUCAAUCCGUGUGCUGAGGCAGAGGCCCGUCCCUCGGUGACCCAGCGGUGCUCCCGCCCCGCACAGUCACUCCCGCAGAAGCCCUGAACUGGCCUAGGAGGAAUGGAAAUGCACUACACAAAGCUGCUUUGUGGACCAAAGACAGAUGACCGUGGCAUGUAACCCCCGUGGCAGGGCGUCCGUGAUUGACCACCAUACGUGAGGGCAGGAGCCUGCUUGUGUGUUUUAAGGAUGUUAAUUUACGUGGAACUGGGGAAAAAAGACCUGGAUCUCCUUCAAUGCAAGAAGCGGGGUCAGCCUCUUUCCUUACCUUUGUUGGCAAGAGGAGAGAGAGGCGGCAGGUACUGGGGUUGGCCCCUGACCACCUCUUCACCCCCAAGUCCUGUCCCACUCUCUGUCAAGGGCUCCCCCAGCCUUCCACACUCCAGAACCAAAGAAAGUUCUUGGCCAUAUUGGCCUUGAGCCUGCCUUUAAAGUCUCAUUCCUUCCACAUCCCAUUGAACACCUUUGUUCUUUUUCUGGAAAUGGGCAAAGUGUCCUGGAGUGACAGCCUUACAGCCCUUGGCCAUAUAUUCCAAGCCAAACAUUGGAACAUGUGGUCUGGUGUGAGAACAUCUGGGAGAUGUUAUCUGGUAGCCAGAAUAUUAAGAGUUUCUGGGAAAUUUUUGUGAUAUAUAAAGUUGAAGGGAAAAAAAAACCAGACGAAUUUCCAGGAAGAGCAGCCAUGGCCAGUAGGACUGGCCAGCCCUGCCCCCACCAGCCUGCCCUCUGCCUCUGCCCAAGGCAACACUGGAGCUGGCGGUGAGGGCCUGUCUUCCUUCUCCUGUAGAGUGUGGGCAUGGCUGUGGCUGGUGCCAGGCUGUCCCCAGCCACAAGCUCUCUGCCCAGACUCCCUGGUGGCAGCUGUGGGUGGGUCAGCAGGAAGUGCAAUGACAGGGUACAGGCAGGGGGAUGGGCUGUCUCACCAGGUUGCUUCCCUGCUCUAGGCCCAAAGGGUUGGGACUCUCUGGGAAUGGAUGGCCGUGUGUCAGUCUUAAAUUAUUAAAAAGCAAAGCUGAAGCUUCUCUCACUCCAAGUCGCUAAAUUCUGGGCUGGAUGUUCACUUGACCUUGAGUGGCCAAGAGCAGGGGCCUGAAUUGGGGACAGAGGGAGGGAGGACACAGGGACAGAAGUGAACUGUAUUGAGCAUGCCAGAGGGAAGGCUAGGGUAGUCCCCCAGGGUAGGGGUGACAGCCAGGGUGGAUGCAGAAGCCUCCAGGGACAGUCCUCUGGCUGAGAGAGGAGCCUGGGGCAAGGUGCGUUUAUGAACAGGGGAAAGAAUGGAGCUAGGGGACUCCGGUGGGUGAUGCUGGGGUGAGGGGUGCAGUGAGCAGUUCAGUACUGUUUUAGAACUUGAUAAAACACACAGCCUUAGUUAAAAUGAGUGUUCAUAGCAGCUUUCACUGGGCAAGGUCACUGAAGGGUACAUGUGGCCUGAGGGAAAGGUGAUGGGGGGGAGGGGACUGGCAAUCCUGUGGAAUGUAUAGUGAAUGUUCUCCUGGGUCCAGGCCUUACCUGCAGGAGCCAGUUAAAACUCCCUCUUUACUGCCCCCUGGAGGCUAGGGGGGUGAAGGGUGCUCCCAGAGCCCCAGAGCGCUGCAGGAUGGGGAGACUGAGCCACCUGGGAUGGGGAAUGAGGAGGGGUGGCUCCAGCAGGUGAGCAGAGGGGCCAGUGGAACAAGUGUUUGGGCCUUAAGGGUGUGAAGAGGGUGCUGGAACAUCUCAGAGACCAACCUGGGGCCCCCAAAGCUUGGAAAUGGCCCCAUGGCAGGACAGGAAGUAGUCAUGGGGAAAACCCUGGCAGCUCCUGUACCCCCAAUUCCUGGCCUUGAGCUCAUGAAACUUGGGAAAUUUCAUAUUGAAAAAAACUUAUGGGAGCAAAGGCACCUCUGUUUUCUCUGUAUGGUGAGGACAACGUGCCUUCCCAGCUCCAGCUGGGAAGGAAGGGAAAGUAGAGGGCUCUGGCCAGGACAGGACUGGGAAAGGUCUCUAAGCAAUAAUGGGCAUCUGCUUUUGUUACCUCCCAGGGCCAGGGCCAGGCUCUUGACACAUCUUAUGUAGUCCUUAAAAACAGACCUGCCAUUUAUGCCCUGUGUAUCAUCUGUCUUUACACAGAUGGAGAGCUGAGUUGAGCAACAGUGAUAGGACAUUCAGACCUGGCCUCUCUGACUCAAGGCCACUCUUCCAGCUGUGACAUCUCCCACCUCCCCCCCCCCCCCUCCCGAAAAAGGCUUGACAGAGGGGAGUAGACACUCUGGACUGUGUGAACUAGACCUGCACUUCUUCCUGAGUAACGUGAGGCCAGGGGCCCUGACUCGUGUAGGUGGGUGGGGACUUUGGUUCCUCCAGACACCUGCCUGACGUCCCCAUCUGCUCUGUCUGGGGAGCUGCUAACCAGGUCAGCCCUGUGUCACCCACAGGACUGUCAGAAAGCGCCUGCUUAGAACCUAGUGGAGUAACUAGGAGCUAGGCCCUUUGACAGGCAAGGAUCCCCUGGAGAUGAGAAAGACGGGCUCAAGCUGCCAUAGUCUCAGGGAGACACAAACAUGCCCACAUGGCCUGGUGUGUGCGGCAGGAGAGCCUGGCACCUGGCCUCUGGGGUAGACAGCCUGAGUGAUCAGCUGGGGGAGGGAGCUUACCAACAAGGGACACCCACGCAGGGUUUUGUAACAUGAGUAGGAACUUACAGGAAGGAUGAAGAAAAGGACGUUCAGGCACAGAAGAUAACAGCGUGCGCAAAGGUGGCUUUUUCCUGUACCUAACCUAUGACCUUCCCCCAUCCCCCCACCCCCCAGGGCAGUUUAUUGGUAUUCUGUGUCCAGAGCUCUCUCCACAGAAGCCAUCAGAUUUGGGGACUACACAGAACAGAAAGUGGCUCCAACUUGGGCCUCAGACAUGUCAAUAUCCUUAGGGUGACAGGUGGGGGUGGGGCGCAAGGUCAGAAGUCGCUAGCGGAAGCCGGGGGGGGGGGGGGGGGAUCUGGGAGGGAAGGGCUGUCCCUGGCCAACCUCCCUCCCACCGUCGCCUGCUAGAACCUUUUUUUUUCAGGUCGCCUCUUCUCGGUGGCGGAGGGGCCGGCGGGGGGCGAGAGCUCAUCUCCAAGGCGGAGUGCGGUCGGCACCAGGUUCCCUGGGAGGGGGACCGAAAUUUGUCGCGUGUCAGCGACCUGGAGGCGACUGUUCGCAGGCAACCGCCCCGCGCCCUCCCCGCCAGGCUACUCUGCUCCGACGCGCGUGUCGCCUGCAAGUCGGGACGGCCGGGCGGGGCGAUCCCGCGGGUCCGGGCAGGUCGCACAGGCGGCUGGCUCCCCGCGGGUGCGCCCUCCCUGCCACUCGGCCGCCCGGGAGGUGCCCUCCGCGCCGGCCUCGCGGCCUUUGUUGCGCGCCGCCCGCCCUCCCGCUGUCGUGUCCGCGCUGUCCUUCCUGGCGUCCGCGGGGGCCGGCGCGGGAGACGGGGCUCUGGCCGCACUGCCCCGCCCCGGGGCCGCCCGGCCUGGCGCGGGCUCGGUUGGAGGCGCAGGACGGCUGGAGCCGGCAGUUUUCCAGAGGCUGGGGGCGGGGUGGGGACGGGUUGCACGCUCCCAGCCCCCAACAGACACACGACGCAGGAGCCCUCGCUGGGCGCCGGAGGCCGGGAAGAGGCUGGCCCUCACUUUGCCCCGGAGGGACGCACGGCUGGGGACCGCGGGAGCGGACAACCGGGAGGACUGGCCUGAGCAGGAGGGAGGGAUGGGACGGGAAGCGAGGCGACUCAGGACUGGCACGCGUGGCGGGGGGCGCAGAAUGGGGACCGGUACGCGCAGUGUUCCGAGUCUCACUCAGGAUGGAGGAACCACAGGCGCAGCUCGGAUUUGGGAAAUGAAGGUUAAUUCAAAGGCGUGCACCGUGCCGUCUCCCAGCCUGCUCUGCUCCUCCGAUCUCCCAGAGCUCUGUUGGGGACGUUAAGGAUUCAGUACUGAAUCCUUGAGGCAAUUCUGCGAGGAACGGACUACUUAUCUCUGCUUGCAAACUGGCAGCCGAAGACUCAGGUUUAAAUUAUUUAUCUAAGGUCACAUUGCAAAUAUUACUAGCGGAGAAUGGAUUUGAACCCGUCCCUCUGUGACGGCCAGCCUGUGCACGUCCUCCCUCCUGGAACCCUGUGGGGCUCACCUCAUCCGGAGGCCCUCGAACACCCGGGUUGGGCCGACCCCUGCCCCCAGCACCCCCGUCCCCCAUCUUCACCAGGGCGGCGUGAGGGGUUCGACUCGUUUUUCUGCAGGGAAAUUGCCUGGGCGCUCCCAUCUCCCCGCGGGGGGCGGGAGGAAGUGGGGACAAGAUCAUUUUCCAGAACAGAGUUUCCGAAAAGCAGGCGUAACCCACUCGUGGGUCAUGUCUUGUGGGUCGACACCAAUAUUUUAAAAAGUAGCGUUUCGCACAAGGCACUUGUAGGUUUUGUUUGAGAACCAAUUUUUUCAGAGGGGUGUGUGUGUGUGUGUCCUGAGCUGUAACUUAAAGGAUCGUUCUGACCCCUGCUCUGGAGCGCGCUGAGAACACGCCCUCGGCACGGCCUGGGGGAGUGGUGGUUGGAGGGGAGGCUGCCUCCGUCCUCUGUUACCUGGAGCUCCACAUCCGACCUCCGCGACCUCUUCCAGCGGUGCGCUGCCUGCAGAACGCUGCUGAACCUUCCUGGACUGGUGGCUCGUCCGUAUGUGCGUGGCCCCUAGGGGAAGAGGCAUCCUUGAUCCUACAGCCUUGUCGCCGAGAAGCCCGUGUCCCAGGGGCAGGGUACAGUGAGGUGACUGGACUUCCUGGUCCUCCAAACCGGCCUCCGUGCAGUGGGAUUCCCGCGUGGGUACUUAGGGGCAGGAGCUGUUGGAUCCCUGAUCUGGCUCGCCCCAGAUUCCCGCAUUCUCUCACCCAUUUCCUGCUGCUAAUUCGUAUGCCCUUGCUGGAACACCCUUUCCCUUGUCCACCCGCGGACUUCUUGGCAGCCUUCAAAAAUACUAGAGAUGCCUGUCCAGCUGUCCAGGGAAGCAUUCCAGGAACACCUGCAUGCUGACUUUGUUCCUCUUCCCUGUGCUCCCAUAUAAUCGGGUGCCAGGGCUCUUUAUUGUGGCUCUCUUUUCAAAUAGAGUUUCUUGCUUAUCCUCCAUCAAACUUACCUGGCAACACCUGGGCUUCCCUGGUCCAUCUGUUCAACCCAUUUCCUACCCCAAAUCCCCAGGUUGGUUCUGGAGCCAUUCACAAGGCUGUCACCGGAUCCCCUCUCUCCCCUCCCCCUCUCUCCCUCCCUCCCCACCAUCCUCUCUGAAGUUUCCCUCCUUCCUACAGAGCCAGAGCACCUGCUUAGAAAUGGCAGCAGCUUUCCUUGGCAAGAAGCUCUUCCCAGCUCUCUCAGGCUGUGGGCUUGGCCAGGUCGGAGCGCCGGGCCCUGAGGAAGGGGCUGCUGUCAUUGGCUCUGAAUCUCUGCCCAUGGAGCCAGGCUUUAACAGCUGCCCUGCCAGGCCUGGAGGGCAUCCGGGGCUCUUCUGUGGAUGCCUGGGUGCCCGCUGGGCCUGCCUUUGUCUUGUCCUUCUGCAAUCUGGGCUCAGGCCCCAAUUCGCAGUGUGGGGCUGUCCUCAGGGGUCUGGCCAGGUGCCAGGUACUGGGGAGAGGCCUGCCCCGCCCUUGGGAUGCCCACAUCCCCAGGGUGGAGACAGCUACAGCUGUGAAGAGAGACAGACCAGUGUGCCAAGGGGUACAAUGGAAGCCCCAGGCAGGAGGCCCCACUCCACCUGGUGAGAAGAAAGACUUCCCAGACGAGCCAGCCGUGGGCUCAGCAGCCUCCAUCCGAGCUCUGGUGUUCUCUCAGGAGCACAGAACGCUGGCAGUGGCGGGAGCUCACAGCAGCAUUCAGAUGCCACAGCUCUGAUCCUCACCCUGGGCUCCACAGACGUCUCCAGGCUUUUCCGAGUUCGUAUCAGGAGUCUGGCUCACUUACUUUUUGCCCGUUUCCAGCCAAAUAAAAGCUCCAAAACAUUUUAUCAGCAAGGCCAGCCUGCCUGAGGUCCUUGGCUUAGCAGAUCUCUUAACUGUACAGUAGGCAUAUGGGAUUUGAGACGCGGUCAAGUCCAGGGUACCUGGUGUCCGUGCUUUAUCUUCACUCCUUAGAGCAGUGCUUUAACCCACCACCAACUCCUACUACAGCUCUUUUCUCUUUGAAGGGACGCUGGCCUCAUACUGGUCCAGUCAGACCUGGGUCCUCCUCCUGACCCUACCUCUUCCUCAUUUACCCUUGGGCAAACGUCUUCGAUGCUCAUGCCCGUUUGUGGGUGUAAACUGGGCCUCAACGGGGUUUCCCUCGUGGGGUUGUAAGAAUGAAAUGAAGACCAAAAUUUCACUCCCCAUCGUGUCCCCGAUGCCCAUGAUCAAAGACCUGCCAGCACGUCAGAUUCUUAUCAAAUGUUGGCCAGAAGUUUUAGCUGCUAAUUAGGUAUAAAAUUUGAGAAAUCUGUUCCUAUGAGUUGAUGACCUCUUCGCAAAGGCUGGCCAAUCUUAAUGUGAACUUUUGUGAACGCAGCUAGAAUGCAUCCAACGGUGUGGUGAGGAAGGGGAUACCACUGCAGAGGUCAGAAAGGUUGGCGAUUUGGCCAUCCAAGCUGGGCUCUGGAACACCUCACCUACCGAGAGAUGUAUUGGUGGGGAUGUUCGUGCCCAGGCUUUGCCUGCAUCUGCACCAAAUGGAGCCGCCGCUAAUGUUCCAGUUGUCAGUGUCGUCUUGGUAGAAGGGUCCCUGUUUCCAGACCAGUGACGCCCCCAAGGUGCCAAGGAUCGAGGUUUAUGUCCUCUUGGACGGUGCAGCAUUGUGGCAGUAUGGACAGGCCUUCCCUUCCUGGGAGUUUCAUUUUUGCCCCAGGUCUCCUCUUGUAUUUUCAACGUGAGUUUUAUGUAAGACUUGUAGCCAGUGGGGACCUUGUGAGAGACAGCAAAUCACUCUUUUGCUGCGCAGCAGAGCCACGAGUGGAGUCAACGUGCUGGUGGCUCCAGAACCCUCAGCCUUGUACACGGCUGGCUUUUUCUCGACGCCACACAGUCCGCAGCUCCCCAGGCCUGGGAGAGGGGCAGAUUUGCUUUUAUCAGGGGGUACACACAGCCCUUCCUUCUCAAAUAUUAACUGUAACCCUCAAAAUAAGCAUUCAUUCCUCUAGCAAGGCUGGUUAGUAUGUUGACGUGUGUUAACCCUCCUUAGCUAUUACAUUUGGGGGAAGUCAAGCUGGGGACUCAUGAAGCACGGAUGUCCCAAUUUCUGUGGUAGCACUGAGAGCCACCAAGUGGCUCUGCCUCGUCUCAGCUGUGUGACCUUGAGAAAUCACUUGUGUCCCCGUUCCCUCAUCUGCACAUUUGAGAUAAUACUAGAUGAGGUAACUUCAUAGUUUCAAAACACCAUUUUAAGUAUCAUCUGCAUUAAUACAGAUGAAGCACCUAGAAUGGUGCUGGGCACAUAGAAGGUGUUCAGAUAAUGAGGGAAGAUGAUGAGGACAGAUGGGAUGAUGAAGGUCCCUGUCCUUAAGGAGCUUAUAUAGCCUCGUCAUCUUGUCCAACACAGAAUCGAAGGAAGGCUCUUUCACCUGCCAACUGGGAUGGCCAGUGUUCUUGCUGGCCAGCACUUGGGUGAGGGGGAAAUAAAAGACUCAGUUCCUUUUGUGUUGUUUCUCUGCUCCCCACACUCCUUGUCCCAACUGAAACUGUGCCGUAUGGUAUUCUGAAUCCAUAAUGUGGUUAUUUUGGGGUUUAAUAAUUCACGUAACUUGCCCAGCCCAAGAGAGCACAAUUUAUAAUUCAGAUCUUCCAACAGCCACACACUUUCCCCACCCCAGGCAUACGCAUAUGUCUGUGUUUACUGGUGGGGGCAGAAGGAAGGAGCUGUAUGUAAGUAUGAAAAGAAAUAAGAGAAAAACAAAACUUAAAAAACAACAACUGACAAAGGUCAUGGUCUCUCCAUUUCUCUUUUAAUACUGAACAGUAUUCUUUGUACAGCUGUAACAUGAUUUCAAGAGCAGAAAUAAGAAACAUUACUGAUAGACUUCAGGGUGUAAAAAUACCACUUUGAAAGACGGCUAGUUGAGAUUUUUCUUACGCAAGUAUUUUUAAAAAGUUUUCAAGUUUAUAGUGUCAUCAGUUUGUUUAAUGUCAGGAUUACGAUCAAAGCUAUGGAAGAGGUUUUAUUAUGCAGGGAUGGUUUACUGUAGCCUAAAUUCCAUGAUGCAGGAGCAGUGAUUCUGAAACUACAGUGGGCAGCAGAAUCCCCUGGAAGGCUUGUGAAACACAGCCCACUGGCCUCACCCCCAGAGUCUGUGAUUCAGCAGAUCCAGGUGGGCCUGAGAACCUGCAUUUCUAGCAAGCUCAGGGGCCAUGCCGCCGCUGCUGGUCCCACACCACACUUGGGAGAUCCAGCCUGUCGAAAGAGCAAGAAUGUAUCUACCUGUGGAGGGGGGUGUAAACUGGCACCAGGGCUACUGGGCUCUUCUCGUGGGGAGGAAGGGGGGGGUGCACACCAUCUGGAAAUCACCCAGGCAUUUUAAAUUCGAAUCCUUGAUCUCACGUCUUUAGUUUGUGCCUUCUGGUUAUUUAAAAAUAAAACACCGUAGGUUAUGUAUCCUUGGAAGAAAAAUACGACAGUUUAGUCCUGCUGAGUGUUGCCACGUAUUACACAUUUGAUUUUUUCAUCACACUAAUUUCUGAUUACAAAUGAGCCAGUGAGAGCCGAUCUCCACUUAACACAAAACAAAUCCACAAUCAUUUACAGCUUGCGGUCUUUGGCCCUUUCCUGGUUUCCAGGCCACCCUCACCCAGGGCAUUCUCCUGGGUCAAGUUAGGACACACCCACAUCAAGCUUACAGGUAAGUUCUAGUAACUUCUUAGUGGGAACACCUGGCUGGCCUCUCCCCACCCUGCAGACUCUCUCUUUUCCUGAGGACUAGGACGUCUGCCUCUCCCAGAGCAGACUUAACCCCAGGGCUGUGAUUCCUGUUCAGUAGCAUGGUCCCGGCUAAAGCCCGCUCUCUGCAGAGUCCAGCAAGAACAACCCUGGACGUGGGGUCACCCCCGGGCUGACACACAGCCUGGCUCAUGUGGAGUGCUGGGGUACCGCCAGGAUGACAGAACAAGGCCCGAGAGCUUUGGUCAACAAACAAUGAAGCCGGGUGGUCUUAUGUCUAACACCCCCUGGAGGAUCAAGUGGCUUCUGGGUUCAAGAAUUCAUAGCCUUAAAAAAAAAAAAAAAAAAAAAAAAAAAGAA